CUUUAGCUCUAAUUUAAUUUUAUAUUACUUUAGAAAGUUGCUAUAAUUUACUACCUUGUGUGAUUGAACGGAAAUGUGUACAAACAAGAUUGACAAAGGGAUCAAAGAAAAAAGACCCAAUAAAACUACUAAAAUACUCAAAGGCAUGGCUUUUAACAUGUUCAAACAUGCAUUCCUCUUCUUCCGCUACUACCUGGACCUGGCAAUAGACUUGGUCUUCUCAUUCAUCUGGGACGGAGAACGCCAGGCCAUUCCGGACCUGGAGGCACGGCAUGCCAUGCUGGCGGAGAGUGCCGUGGAGCUGGCUAAAAGGAUCCGGAAUAAGACCUUGAAGUCUGAGGAGUUGGUGCGGGCUUGUGUGGAGAGGAUACAAGCUGUAAACCCAAUAUUAAAUGCAGUAGUGGACCAGAGGUUCGACGAAGCAUUAAAGGAGGCGCGUGAAAUAGACAAGCAGAUAGAAAAUGGCCUCCCGGAUCAGUAUUUUGAACAAAAACCCUUCCUAGGCGUCCCAUUCACGGCCAAAGAGAGUCACGCAGUAGCAGGCCUUCUCCACCCACUGGGGAUCUCACACCGAGCCAACGUGCGGGCCACAGAGGACGCGGAGUGCGUCCGCCUGCUGAAGGGCGCCGGCGCCAUCGCUGUAGCCGUCACUAAUGUGCCAGAGAUUAACAAGUGGCAGGAGACCCGCAACAUGGUGUUCGGUCAGACCCGCAACCCGUACCACACGGGCCGCACCGUCGGCGGGUCCAGCGGCGGAGAAGCAGCCCUGCACGCCGCGCUUGCCUCUCCCAUAUCUCUAUGCUCUGAUAUCGGCGGUUCCACGCGAAUGCCGGCCUUCUAUUGCGGCCUAUUCGCGCUCAACCCCACAGCUGGCUACACCAGUCUUAAAGGGUCUGCGUUGCGUACUGGACUGGAUCCCACGAUGGCUUCCAUCGGCUUCAUCAGUAAACACGUCGAGGACCUCGCACCUCUGACAAAAAUAGUCGCCGCCGACAAGGCCAAGGAGCUUGACUUGGACAGAGAAGUAGACUUGAAGAACGUGAAGGUGUACUACGUGGAGACUUCCCAGGACCUUCGCGUGAGCGCCAUCAGCGCCGAGCUCCGAGACGCCAUGAACCAAGUAGUAGCCAAGCUGUCAGACGUGACCCGCGUCACCGCGUCAUCCCCGCAGCCCUACUACCACCACGGCCUCGAGCACAUGUUCGCGCUGUGGAAGCACGCCAUGACCAAGGAAACUGACAACUUUCCGCGCAUGCUCACUAACAACAAAGGGGAAGCUCACGGACUCACAGAGUUGGGGAAGAAGCUGAUCGGCACGUCUCCAUACACGUUGGCGGCCAUCUUGAAGUUGUUGGAUGAACAAGUCCUGCCACCGGUUAACGCUGAGUGGGCUGAAGCGCUCACUGCCAAGAUGGUCGAAGACCUUACGACGGUCCUCGGCGACUCCGGGGUGCUCCUGUUCCCGUCAGCGCCCGCGGCGGCGCCCUACCACUACUCGCUACUUCUCCGGCCUUUCAACUUCGCGUACUGGGGCGUGCUGAACGCUAUCAAGUUCCCCGCUGCCCAGGUCCCAUUGGGUUUAAACUCGGCCGGCAUCCCGCUCGGCCUGCAGGUGGUGGCGGCGCCGCGGCACGAGGCGCUGUGUCUCGCGGCGGCGCGACAUCUGCAGGAACUGUUCGGAGGCUACAAGCCACCCUGCACGGUCUUACACUAA